AUGUCUAAGAUAGUACGUUCAUUAAAGAAUGUAGCUGGUGGUUAUUCAUCUUCACAAGUAUUAGUUAGAAAUGCUACUUCAAAUGAUCCAACUGGUCCAACUAAAUAUGAUAUGGAAGAAAUUGCUUCAUUUACUUAUCAAUCACAAACAGAAUUUAUGGAAGUAAUGGAUAUGUUAGAUCGUCGUCUUAAUGAUAAAGGUAAAAAUUGGAGACAUAUUGCAAAAUCAUUAACUGUAUUAGAUUAUUUAGUAAGGUUUGGUUCAGAAAAAUGUGUAUUAUGGGCAAAAGAUAAUAUAUAUAUUAUAAAAACUUUAAGAGAAUUUAUUCAUUUAGAUGAAUCAGAUAAUGAUCAAGGUGCAAUAAUAAGAGUUAAAGCAAAAGAAUUAGUUUCUUUAUUAAGAGAUGAUGAAAGAUUAAAACAAGAAAGAUUAUUAGCAAAACGUAAUAAACGUGGAAAUUUUGAUGAUGAUGAUGAUGAUGAUGAAGAUGAUUUUGGUGGUAAUGAACGUAGAGAAAGAAGAAGAGAUAGAAGAAGAGAAAGAAAUCGUGAUGAGCCAUAUGAUGAAGAUUUACAAAGAGCAUUAGAAUUAUCAAGACUUACAGCUGAAGAAGAUCAAAAUAGAUUAAGAGAAGCUGAAAAUGAUCCAGAUUUAGAAGCUGCUAUAAAAUUAUCAUUAGAAGAAGAAGAAAUGAGAAAACAAAAUAAUAAUAAUAAUUUAUUAGAUUUAAAUGAAGAACCUCAAUAUCAACAACAAUAUUUUACAGGUUAUUAUCAACAACAACCACAACAAACACAACAAUAUUAUCAACAAGAUCCAAAUCAAUAUCAACAACAAUAUGAUAUGUUUGGAAAUCCAAUACAGAAUCCAAUGGAUACAGGAUUUUAUAAUCAAAACUACUACCAACAACAACAACAACCUCAAUAUCAACCAAAUCAAUUUACUGGUUUUAAUUAUGGUCAGAAUCAACCAGCAGAUCAAUUACAACCUUUAAAAACUGGAUCAAAUAAUCCAUUUGCUAUAGGCAAUGAUUCAAAUAACAACAAUAAUAACAAACCACAUCAACAAACAUUAAAUGAUUUAGCAGAAGAACAAGCUCAACAACAAGCACCACCACAACAACAACAACAACAACCGCAAUUUUAUACACAACCAACAGCUCCAUUAAAACAACAAAAUACAUCAGGAUCAAGAUUUAAUGAAACUCAUGAAUUAAAUGAUUUAUUAUCACAAGGUACAGGAUUAGAUACAUUUGGUAAUACAGGUGCUUCAAGAAUUUCUCAUCAUCAUACAAAAACUCAAAAUUUUAUAAAUUCAAGUGGUACAGGAUAUAAACAAGUUGGAAAUGAACAACACAGGUUAAGUUCAAAUGCUACUGGAAAUCCAUUUUUAAAUACUGGUGUAGGAUAUCAAUCUCAACAACAACAACCACCACCACAGCAGCAACAACAACAACAACAACAUCUACCACAGCAACAACAAUAUCAAUUAAAUUCAGCUUAUACAGGUUAUGGAUUUGGAAAUGCUCCAAAUCAACCUACUCAACAAUAUCAACAACAAAGAAAUAAUGAUGGUCCAAGUUUAAUAGAUAUUUGA